UUCCGAAAUCAGAGUUGACAAAUUGCCAAGUUAUAGUAAACAAUUUUUCUUGAGAUCGAUUUAGUGUAGAAUGUAAUCUAGAAUCUUGAUCCAGGCGUCUAUACAGGCCAGUUGAAGUUGUACAAAGUCCAAAUUUAUUUUUAAAUGUGUCACGUUCGAGCCAAAGUUUAAUAUGAUAAGAUUGUAGACUCAAGUCUCUACGUCUGAAUUUUAUUCUGAAUGACUGAAUGUGUUAAUUGUAAUCUAAAAUCAUAAUUCAUAAUGUGUUUACAAAACUGUUCUGGGCUCUUCUGAUGUCCUGUUCAGGCUGUUCUACAAUUCAACGAAGUGAACAAGUCUAGUAACAACUUAAUUUGACAAACUUGAAACUACUGUAAUUAGUGUAAACAAAACAGUUACAACAACAAGGCGUCACAAGUGUCACAAGGCUAACAACUUAAACAAGCCCUAGAGCCUAGAUCUACAAGUCUCUGGACAGAAUCAUUCAAAAUGCUUCGAGGCCUUCAGCUACUUCUGAAAGUAGGAAGACCACUUGGAAAUAAUAAAUUAGGAUUUAUUUCUCAGAUAGAUGUACGAUGUAUGGCAGGAUCAACAUCACCUAAGGGCACAGGCACAGGAGAAAAACCAGAAUCCAAAUCAUUUGGUCUCAGUUUAUUCCGAGGUCAGAUUUCAGCUGAUCAAGUAUUUCCUUUUCCAGAAGUGUUGACGUCUGAACAGAAACAAACACUGCAAGAGCUUGUUGAUCCUUGUGCUAAGUUCUUUGAGGAACAAAAUGAUGCCCUGAAGAAUGAUUCUUUAGAAAAAGUUGAGGAUUCCUCUAUGCAAGGCUUGCGUGAGAUGGGUGCCUUUGGUUUACAAGUUCCUCAAGAGUUAGGUGGUCUAGGACUGACCAACACACAGUACGCCAGGCUUGUUGAAAUAGUGGGUGCCCAUGAUCUCGGUGUAGGUAUCACUCUUGGGGCACAUCAGUCCAUUGGCUUCAAGGGCAUCCUCUUGUUUGGAAACAAGGAGCAGAAGGAGAAAUAUCUUCCAGAUUUGGCAGCUGGAAAUAAAAUAGCAGCAUUCUGUUUGACUGAGCCAUCCAGUGGUUCUGAUGCUAGUUCUAUUAGAACAAGAGCUGUACCAUCAGAUGAUGGCAAAUAUUACAUUCUUAAUGGAAGUAAAAUAUGGAUAAGUAAUGGGGGUCUGGCUGAUGUCUUCACUGUGUUUGCUCAGUGUCCUGUAAAAGAUGAUAAAACUGGAGAAGUCAAAGAUAAAGUCACAGCUUUUAUUGUGGAACGAGGUUUUGGGGGUGUCACAAAUGGUCCACCAGAGAAAAAAAUGGGCAUCAAGGCUUCCAACACAGCUGAAGUUUACUAUGAAGAUGUGAAAAUACCUGCAGAAAAUGUUCUUGGAGGUUUAGGAAAUGGUUUCAAAGUUGCCAUGAAUAUUCUAAACAAUGGAAGAUUUGGAAUGGCAGCAGCUUUGUCUGGCACAAUGAAAUACUGUAUCAAGAAAGCCGUAGACCAUGCUUCCAACAGAACACAGUUUGGAAAGAAAAUUGAAUCUUUCGGUGCCAUACAAGAAAAAAUUGCCAGGAUGACUAUACUACAAUAUGUAACUGAGUCGAUGGCUUACAUGAUCUCUGCCAACAUGGACCAAGGCUCCACUGAGUUUCAGAUUGAGGCAGCCAUUAGUAAAAUAUUUGCUUCUGAGAGUGCCUGGUACUGUGCUGAUGAAGCCAUUCAGAUUCUUGGUGGCAUGGGCUACAUGAAGGAAACUGGUGUUGAGAGAGUCCUGAGAGAUAUCAGAAUAUUUAGAAUAUUCGAAGGCACAAAUGACAUUCUUCGGCUAUUUAUAGCAUUGACUGGGAUACAGUAUGCUGGAAGUCAGCUUAAAGAGUUACAAAAGGCAUUGUCCAAUCCAGCUGCCAAUUUAGGCCUUCUUGUAGGUGCUGGGGCUAAAAGAGCUAAAAGAUUAGUUGGCAUGUCCACUGGCAAUGUUUCUCUGUCCCCAUAUGUACACUCAGAUUUGGCUUCUGCUGGUGACAAGACAGCUAAAGCAAUCGAUUCAUUUGGUCAAACUGUGGAAGAUUUAUUGAUGAAAUACAACAAAAGAAUCAUUGAUGAACAGUUUAUACUGAAGAGGUUAGCAGAUGCUGCUAUUGAUAUCUACGGGAUGGUUGCUGUUUUGUCCAGGGCGUCUCUUAGCCUCAACAACAAGUACAUCUCAGCUACUCAUGAGGCAACUAUUUGUAAUGUUUGGUGCAGUGAGGCUGCUGACAGAAUCAAGACCAAUUUAACUCAAGCCACAGAUCCCAAUGCUAAAAAGAUUUUUGACAGUCUGGCCAUCAUUUCUAAAGAGGCAGUUGGUGCUGGUGGUGUCUUUCAUCGACAUGUGCUGGGCUUCUAGACAAUAGUAAUUUUUAUCAGCUAAAGAUGACACUUUCAGCAAUGAUUCUAAGUGACGUCUGCUAAAUUUGAAAAGUAUAGAAAUGAAAUACUUUUUUUGAUUUGCUCAAGAGAUCAAAUUUUACAUUUAUAAAAAAGGACCUAAGCAACUUGAUAACAACUGGUUUUGUACAUGUUGGCAUGUCAAUUUGAUCGUGGAAAUGUUUUGGUGAUAUUUAUCGAUGGUAGUCACAUCAUCAGAUCAGGAUAUUUGACGAAAAUAGAAUUAUUGAUAAUAUUUAUUAUCUAAUGCUGUUUACAAAAAAAAUGUUACUGUUUAUCGUUGAAUAUAUAUAAAACAAAAUAUUUUUAUAUUACAAUAUUUAUUCCAUAUUUUGUAUGUCACAAUAUUUGUCAUGUCCAUCAAUACUUCAUCAUUAUUAUCUUUUUAUGCAGACAGAAAAAAUGAGACAAUGAUUUAUACAAAAUAAUGAUUAAGACUUGAUCAAAUAUAAAUCUUGUAAAACUCUUAGUUUAGAAUGUUAUUCUGAAAAGGAACUGUGGUCUAUUUCCUUAAAUGUUUGGGUUUUUACAAUUAUGUCAAACUGUGUUUUAAAGAGUUUAGUACAUAAUUGUAAAAUCCUAAAAAAAAGUUGAAAUGAAAAAAGUUUUCUUGAAUACAUCAACUUUGUAAUAAGCUUUUUCUGUUUGUAUUAUUAGAGUUACACAUUGGGAGGGGUGAGCACAAGUUUAUAUUUAUUAUACACUAUAGAUAUAUAUAUAUUUUUUUCAAAUCCUGUAUAUAUGUUAGCGAUGCUACAAUGCAAACUGUUUUAUAGGUACAGAUGUACUUGUGGAUCUUUUUACAUUUUCUAAUUGUUGCCAUAGAAACAUGAAUUUGUGAUUAAUUGUUAAGUGCCAUGACUAAAUAGAAAUCUAUUUCUGAAUGUUAGUUUGUGAUUAAUGACUUUGUACAUUCACAUAGAAUGGAUCUGGUUGUGUGGAAGCUGGAAGUAUUCAAUGGAUUGUUUCAUUCUAAUGUCAAUGCAAAAUAAAUGUUUGUUUCACAUCUCCAAUCAAA